CAGCACUCAGAGAUGCCUCCGGGAACACACAAGCGGCGCCGCUGGGAAUCGAACUCCGGUCCUCUCACUUCAUGAGCCAACCAGGCCAGCGGUUUCACCAGCCAGGCUAUGUUACCUUCGGCAUUUGUUGGCCAUUAUUUCACAGGGGAAGAUUUCAUUUUUCUUGUGAAAAGUGGUUGAGUGACUUUUCUUUUAUUAUUAUUUUAGUGAGUUGGAAAAUAAAUAAAAAAUAAUAUGAAAACUACAUGUUAGAUGCCACAUCAGUGUUGAGUUAAUUUUUUGUUAAAUACUAACGAUCAACACUGGUCAAUACUAGGGGUGGCAGUUUGGUUUCCGGUUAGCGGCUAACCGGCCGAUUCAAUCGAUAACUGCCUCUUAGUAGCUAACCGAAAACCGAUGGUUAUUUGCCUCGGUCGGUGUUCGGUAGAAUAAAGCUGAUUUUUAGCUAGCCGAGUAACCGAGGAUGAUUAACCGCGGUUACCCGACUAACCGAACAUAACCGACCAACCAUCCUUUUAAUAAAACCCCAACCCUAAUUCUUUCUUCUUCGUACUCAAAUCCCAGCCCUCCGCCAUCCAAACCCCAGCCACCCUCCCCGCCCUCCUCGAUGGCCGGGCACCACGAGCCAGAGUCAGAGAUAGCAUCGUUUCUCCUCGCCGAUUCCUCUCCGACAUCGCCAUCUCCCAUCCCCGACAACCCCAGGCAUCCGCGCGUCUCCCAUCGCCAUCCCUUCCCUCUCCAUUUUCGCCUCUCCCUGCGCCGGGGAUGUCUCCCUUCGCUCUCCUCCGUGGCCGCCGGUGUGCCUCUGCUUCUCCUCCGCGACCGGCCGCCGUGGUGUCUAAAUCUGCAAUGAAGGAAGGAGAGAGAAGGAAGGAGUGAUCGACUGUUGUGGCUUGUGGGUUUGAAAUGGAGGAAGGAGAGAGAAGGAAGAAAAGGGCUGGUCUCUGCCCUCUGGUGGUUCUUUUUGGAGGAAGGCAGGAGAGAGAAGGAGAGAGAAGGAGGAAGAAGAUAAGAAUUUAGUGGUAGGGAGAGGAGAGAAGAAGAAGAGGUGGGUGGGAUGAGUAUUGGAUUUAAUCUUAUCUGACAAGAGAGCAGAGAAGUAACGUGGGUGGGGUGGGUAUUGGGUUUUUUUCUUCCUUUCCUUUCUUUUUUUUUUAAUAAAUUCGAUUGUUGCGGUAUAACCGAACCAGAACUGAAAACCGAUCGGUCGGUGAUCGGCUAACCGCGACUUCUCUCACGGUCGGUGGUCGGCAGACAUGGGGGAAUGUUCGGUUUAACCGAAACCGAUAAUUCGGUUUUCGGUUAAACCGAAACCGACCGACUGCCACCCCUAGUCAAUACUAAUACAAAAAUAGUUCAUGUCAGGAUUGCCAUAUUGAAUAAUUUAGUUCAAAAUUGAUGAAUAGUUGUGGAAUUAGCCCAAAUAAAAACAGAAAAACAACUUAUUUGUUAAAUACAAUCCUCUCUCAAAACUCUCUCAAAUAUAGGAUGGCAAAAAAACCCGAACCCACGGGUAUCCACCCGACCCAACUCGGUCAACGCGGGUAAAACCUGUGUUGACGAGUUUUGGGCCGGGUUCGGGUUUAAACCGACUACAUUAUUCACCGGGUCGGGUUGGGUUUAGGUAAACCCGACCCAUGGGUACCCGCUCACACACAUAUAAUUAAUUUCUCGGUAUAUUUAAUAUUCUAAAUAAUAUAUCUUCCUUAAACAACUAAUAUUCUUUAUGUUUGUGGAGACAUGUAUAAUUUGUUCUUUCUAAUUGUUUAGAAUGAAGUUGAUAUUAUGAAGUGAAGAGUGAAGAAACUUAGUUGACGAGGAAGAAGCUUCCAAUUAAUUUUAUUGUUUAUAGAUGUUUAUCUUUAAUUUUGAACAAUUUGUAUUGAUCAUUUGCGGUUUGCUUGUAUGCUCUAGAUUGGUGUUUUUUGUAUGAAUAAUUUGUAUGAGAAAAUUGAUGUUGAACUUUUAUUUUGAAAUAAACUUGUUAUUGUAAAUUUUUUUACCACAAAAACCCACAGGUACCCAUGAACCCGCGGAUACCCAACAGGUUGGGUUUGAGUUUUUCAAACCCAACGGGUUUUACCCCGGGCUUUUUUGGCGGAUAAACCCAUGAGUUUGGGUUUGGGUUUGAUUAAACCCGCCCCAACCCGACUCAUUACCAUCCCCAUCCCGAGUGCAGAUCCGGUGACUAAGGGGGGGUGCUUAGUCACUUGACUAAGCCCCUCCCAGCCCUUAGAUCUGGGCACAUCAAUCUUAUGGUUAAAAAGUGGGAAGAGCUAUUUAAUUAAUGACAGGGGUAGUUUGGGUACUAUGGAAAAUUACGAAGUAUACAAACCGGGCUUACAAUUAGUACAAACCAUACAGACAUACGAACAGUACAAACUAGAGCGACAAAACAUACAAACAGAUUUACAAACAUUACAAACAUAUGAACUGUACAAAAAAUACAAACUAGACCGACAAACAAUACAAACCAUACAAAAAGAAAAAACUAGGUUGACUUUGGAGGCUCUAUCCCUAUAUAGAGGGGCUUCUUCCCAAAGUCAACCCGGGUGUUUUUUAGACAUACGAACAUUACGAACAUGGUGGACAAAAAUGACAAACUAGACCGACAAUCCAUACGAACUGGAAAAAACACUCGGGUUGACUUUGGAGGCUCCAUCCCUAUUUAGAGAAGUUCCAUCCAAAAGUCAACCAGGUUGUUUUUUAGACAUAAAAAACAUUACAAACAUGGUUGACAAAAAUGAUAAACAUGGUGCACAAAAAUAACAAAGUUUACAAACAUUACAAAAUAACAAAGCGUACAAACAUUA